CCUGGACGGGCGCGGUUUCAUUUAAACCCAAAGUCCUUUUCUCAGGGCCCUUGAUGUAUUCUGCCUUCUCUUGCGGACACAUACUUCACGACUUUCAGAAACAUAACUUGGUGCAAGCCAUGAAGAGCAAUGUGUUAUUAAUGAGCUUCGUCGUCGCCACACUGCUCACCUUGAUGCAAGGGCAGACAAGCCUGGCUCAGCAACUGGGGAAUUUCGACCCCCGUUGGCAGCAGGCGGGGAGGAUGUUCCCUUUCCUUGAUUCCUUCAGACAGCCUUUUGAGUUAAGCCCUGUGUCCGCGUUAAGGAUCCAAUCCCCUCAGGCACGAAUGCAGAGGCGUCACCUAUGAACACCUUCACUUCCGGGUCGUCCAUUUCUGCUAGAGACGCCUUCUUGCAGCAACAACGACCUCAGGGACCAGCACUUCCCAGCGAGAUGAUGACCCUUCAAGUCUUGCUUCAUGGAGACGUUCAUCACAGAUGAUGAGAACAAGAGCAGGCCUGGGCCCUCCGGUCGCGACGAGCACCAACAACAACUCACCAACAGUCACACGGGGUUUCGAUCCCGCACCACCGAGGGCAAGGACAAGCGAACUGCGUGCCCAGGCUGAAGAAGGUUCUCGAACGUCUGCCGAGCGUUUGCUUUUACCUAGAGUCCAGAGCACAGCCCGGACACAAAACGCCUUCACUGGCUUACCUGGGACUCGCCUGACCUCUGACACAGGUGCAUUUGUGGGGGACAGGGACAGGUCAUCGCCUCUGGACUCCAAACGGAGCCAGUCUUUCUCCGAUGCAGCUUUGGGACUUCAGCUUCCAGCAUCACAGAGAAGCGCAAAGGGAGCAUCUGAGCUAGAGUUAAGACUUUUAUCAAGGGAAGCUCAGGAAGAACUCCUGAGGCAGCAACAGUUGCAGCUUCAGCACCAACACCAGCUACAGUCUCAACGACAGCAACAGGAGCAACUGCCUCGAUCAGAUCGGACUCUACAGGGAGCGACUGGCGCUGGUCAGAAGAGAGCUAACUCCAGCAAGUUUCCAUUAAAGUUAAAAUCUGAUUUUCCACCUCGAUAUGUGGAGGUCUCUUUACGUGUCAACCUUAUUAAGAGCAGGGAAGCAAAGCAAGCUGACACAGUCACCAACAUGGUCAAGAGUUCUUCUUCAAGUAGCGACUCACCAGAACGAAUAAUGACUUCAAAUGGUCCUAAUACCACGUCAGACCUAAAAGGGAUCUCCUCCCCAAACGGUGGAAAUUCUCAUAUGGCAGGACCUUUAGAUGUCCAGCAAAACGGUUGGAAGUACACAGCUAGACUCCACACCUCAGAUCACAGGCCUUAG